AUGGCUAAAAAGGAUAAAAAGAAGUCUGCAGAGAAAAAAGAACGCAACGCCGCAAAACAACUAAAAAAAGCCGACAAGAAAGAGAAAAAGCACAAGACAAAAGGCCGAGACGUUGACAGUGAUGCCGAAGACGUCGAUCUGGACGCCGUGCUAGCAGCCUAUGCAGAAGAGCAGGCGAAGUUUCUCAAAGUCACAGAAAUCCCCUCCUCUCCACCAACUCCUCGCUCAUCAUCGACGAUUGUCGCCUCGCCAGCUAACCGAAAUGAAUUACUGGUAUUUGGCGGUGAGUACUUUGACGGCACUCUCGCCACGUUUUUCAAUAAUCUCUAUGUUUAUUUGAUUGAUCGCCGAGAGUGGCGGGAGGUCACCAGCCCCAAUAGUCCGUUGCCGAGGAGUGGGCAUGCGUGGUGUCGAGGUGGGAAUGCCGGUGGUGUGUAUCUGUUUGGUGGUGAAUUUUCGUCUCCUAAGCAGGGUACUUUUUAUCAUUACAACGACUUUUGGCAUCUGGAUCCGGCCACGAGGGAAUGGAGUCGUCUUGAGCCCAAGGGGAAGGGGCCGCCGGCUCGAAGUGGGCAUCGAAUGACAUAUUACAAGAACUAUAUCAUUCUGUUUGGUGGAUUUCAAGACACCUCACAGCAAACAAAAUACCUCCAAGACCUCUGGAUCUACGACUGUACCAAGUUCGUAUGGUUCAACCCAGUCCUCCCUCCCGCAUCCGGCAAGCCAGAUGCUAGAUCUUCAUUCUCAUUCUUGCCUCACGAGUCUGGCGCUGUCUUAUACGGCGGCUACUCCCGCGUAAAAGCAUCAACCGGUGCUGGCGGCGGCGGGAAACAAGGCAAAAGUGGUGGAGGUGGAGGUCCGCAACGAGUCACUCUCAAACCUAUGGUUCACCAAGAUACCUGGUUUCUCCGUAUCACGCCACCCGCAGCAGAUGCUCCUGCUUCCGCGGGACCAACAGUUCGCUGGGAACGACGCAAAAAGCCCGCCAACGCACCCAACCCAGCACGCGCAGGUGUCACAAUGGCACACCACAAGGGACGUGGAAUCAUGUUUGGCGGUGUCCACGAUGUGGAAAUGAGUGAAGAAGGUAUCGAUAGUGAAUUCUUCGAUACCAUGUUUGCAUGGAAUCUGGAACGAAAUCGAUUCUUCCCGCUUGCCUUACGUCGACCAAAGGCGCAGGGUAAGAAGCAGCAACAACAGCCCACGAAAGCGAAGGAUAGGAGCAAAGCAGAUGAAGAAGAACUGUUGCGUAAUCUUGCAGCUUUGGAGGCAAAGCGUGGGAUUCGUGCGGCGGAUGCUGAUGAGGAUGAUAUGGAUAUCGACACUCCUGCCGACGCGGAAGAUGUAGAGUCUGUUAAGCCGGCGGUUGUCAAGUUUGAGAUGCCGCAUCCUCGGUUUAACGCUCAAUUGACUGUGCAGGAUGACACGCUAUUUGUGUUUGGUGGCACAUUCGAGCGGGGUGAUCAAGAAUUUAUCUUUAAUGAUAUGUAUUCCAUAGAUCUGGUGAAACUCGAUGGCGUGAAGGAGAUAUUCUACAACGAACCUGCAAACUGGAACACGCAACUCGAAGCAAGCGACGACGAGGAUGAGGAUGAAGAUGAAGACAUGGACGACGACGAAGAGGAUAAUGAAGCUGAAGAGGGCAUGUCAGUCGACACACCCUCCGAAGCACCCACCGAACUUACAGUCCCCUCCGUCACACGAGAAAUGCAAAAUCUCGAAGUCGAAGAGACAGAAGGCGAGCCCGAGACCAAAGAUGACAGACCACAACCACGACCAUUCGAGACUCUGCGAGACUUCUUUGCGCGCACAAGUACGGAGUGGCAGAAUUAUUUGCUGGAUAAACUGAAGCAGAGAGGAGGAGAUCCAGCAGAAAAAACGGUGAAAGAGCUGAGAAAAGAGGCGUUUGAUCUUGCGGAAGAGAAGUGGUGGGAUAGUCGGGAGGAAAUUAUGGCGCUCGAGGAUGAGCAGGAGGCUGCUGGUAUUGGAGAGGUUGUUAGUAUGACGGAUAGAGCUGAGACGACUGGAGGAGCUGGACGGCGCAGGUAG